AAAGCAAACUCGGACAAAAAGCUCAGCAACUUCUGGGUGCGCUCGCCACCUUCUGAAUUAAAGCCAAUCAAAACCUCCAGGAUUUAGUGGAACUUUGAAAGUUUGGGAGGAAAUUAUCCGAGAGUCACAUUUGGCAUCUAGAGCUCUCCCAGGGUGGACCCGUCACGCGACUCGGCGUUUUUUCCGUCAUCCGUCUCGCUCUUGUCUGACAGAGAAGUGACUUCCUGUUGGUCCUCAUCCCUCCUCGUCUCCACUCACAGACCACAGAGCCUCGACAUGCCCGGCGUGUGGCCCCAGUGAGGCGCUGCCAUGCCGGCUGGGCUCCUGCUGGCCGUGCUGCUGCAGGGCCUGGCUCUGCUGCCGAGCGACGCCUCCCCUCUGGGUCUGGUGGUCCACGUUUUGCCUCUGGAUGCCAGCGGAGGAAACACGGUCCGGGCUCAUUUCACCGCCAUCGCUCCAAACCCCUGCCCGGAGCUAUCGGGGCUGUGUGGCCCCGGCAAGGACUGCGUGCCGCACCUGGCCUCCGCCCCGCUCAGCGGCACCAAGCCCGGCCCCGGCUGGUGCGUCCGCCAGUGGCAGAAAACAGUUCCCAGCAGCUACAACGCCACCAUCAAUGUGGGGUCUGAGGUGUUUUUCGUGGCGCUGAGGGCCGGACCCAGCGUCCGGGCCAACAGCGGCCGGCUCAACACACCUCCUUAUGUUGGCCUUCCUCCUCCUCUGAGGGCGCGUGUGAACUGCCCUCACCACCUCCACCUGUCAGUGAAGGACCUGGACGGCGACGAGGUGCGAUGUCGCUUCGCCCGCGCUGACCGUGGAGAGUGCCCCGGCUGCUCCCAGCAUGCCUUUCUGGAGCUGGACGAGGAGACGUGCAUGCUGUCGUUCAGCGGCGAUGCUCCAGCCGGGCAGUACUCAGUGGCUCUGAUGGUGGAGGACAUAUUCCCUGUCCUCAGAAUGAGCUACAUCAGAGACCUCACGCCUCUCAGCUCCAUCCCUGUGCUCCUGUCCCUCACCGUGGAGGAGGCGUCCUCCAGCUGCAGCGCUGAGCCCGUCGCCGCAGGUCAGACCCCCGACGACGACGCGCGGCUGUACGUGUUACCCUUCCAGCAGGUGGACGUGCCCGUCAGCUUCGUCUCUGAGCUGGAGAGUGUUUUGGAGAUCGCUGUGGUGGGCCCCCCCGCCCUGUUCAUAUCUGACCUCCGGUCGUCCGGCUCCCUGACCAACAUGACCCUCUCCUGGGUCCGAGGCCAAAACAACCUGGCCCCCCUGUUGCCCGUCUGCUUCGCUGCCAACACCGACAGUUUGCAGUCAGAGUCCAGAUGUGUGUGGCUGUACCAGAGGGAAAUGGCGACGAUGCCUGCUGGGACAGAGCUGACGUGUGAGCAGACCGACAUGACCGUGCUGCUCCCGGUGGCCACGCUGACGAACAUCGACCUGGCUGAGCUGCAGCUCAACAGCCCCACCUGUCCUGUCAGCUACAACAACACACACCUGAGCGCUCACAUCCCCUUCAGCGGCUGCGGCACCAAGACCGUGCACUCCGGCUCCGAGCUCAUUUACACCAACGUUUUGCAAAGCGUGCGUCCCUACACGGUGAUCACCCGCCUGCCCGCCCUCGUCGUGCCGCUGGCCUGUCGGUUCCCUGCCGUCCACGUGAAGGGACCGCAGUACCAGAUCGUCAUUCCCACAGAGAGAGAGGUUUUCGGCAACGUCACCUUCUGGCUGGAGCUGCACAACCCGGGAGAGGGGCCCUUCAGGGACUUCACCCGCGUCCCCAGGUUCCGCCACCUCCACGGCGGCCUGUCCGGGCGGCAGCGGCGAGCGGCACCGCCGUCCGCUGACUUCCACGGCAGCGUCAGGUCGAAGGUCCAGGUUCUGGAUCUCCAUGUGAUGUCCAACUGCCGUCUGGGCCGGGCCGAGCUCAUGGUGGACGGCUGUGUGGAGUCAGAGAUGGAGGACUUUGCUGUAAUCCACCCCGUCCUGGAGCAGGGGUGUGUCGCUGCCACCAGCACUCUGGAGCUUUUAUUGUCAUCAAACACUACCAAGAUCUACCGCCUCGACCUGAACACCAUGGCGAUAAAAGGAUCAACGAUGUUCAUGGAGUGCACGGUGUAUCUCUGCGUUCCCACCAUGCCCUCGCGCGCCUGCCCCGACCCGUGCGCUCGCUCCCGUGGUCAGAGCAUGGUGAUCGACAACGUGUUCACCAGGAUGUACAAAGUGCGGUCCGGACCCAUCGACCUCGUGGCCGACCCGUCUCCACCAAACCCGGGAGCAGGCAUCACCACCACUACUGCUGCUCCUGCUCCUGCUACCGCUACUGCUACUGGUACUGGUACUACGAGUGCUGCUGCUGCAAAGCCAUCCGCAGCCGCCCAGAACACCACCACCACUGCACACGCUCCACAUGUCGCCUCAGGCUCGGCCACGGGACUGAUCUUGACCCUCAUCACAGUUUCUCUGCAGAGCGUCCUCCUUUGCUGAAGCUACAGGACGAUGAAGAUGAAGAUGAAGAUGAGGGAGGAGAUGACAUCCUUUUAUUUGGCCAGCUGGGACGAUUUAAGACUUAGAAUCAUAAAAGUAGAAAACCUCUGUGCAUUUUGUGUUUUUUUUAUAGAGGCAAAUAAAGGCAGCAUCCACUAUUUCUUAAGCACAGCGUUGUCCACAAAACAGGGAGUCACACGUUAACAGAUGCUUUGCUCGGUUUUGGUUGUGAUGGAUCUCGCCGCUCUGCUCUCUCACAAAGGAAAAUGGGAAAUUAAACCUUUCUGUAAGCGGCACAUACUAAAUGUUAAUUUUCUCCUCCUCCUCCGGCUGGUUUCCUUGUGAGCUCUAAUUGGCUGUUUCUGAUCGCACUUCUCAAAAUCCUGUCUUUACACACCUCACGCCACAAGUCGGCUUCAGACAAAGUCCUUAAAAACGUGUUUGGGGGAACAAAACCCGGCACAUCUCGCCUGGCUUCACAUAAAACUAAAUUUUUCCAUCCAUUUAUCGUAGCUGCUUCCUAUUCAAGGUCACGGGGUUCAAGGUUUUCUUUUCUUUUCUGCCGCUGUGAGCUCGCCAAAAGGUCUGCUGCAUAUUUAUCCAAGGCGGGGCUCGUGGAAGCAGCUCCUGCAUUUCUCUAUUUGAAUCCACUCUUUGCAGAACUUGGUGUUUUUUCCCCCCAAUUUAUUUACCGUCAUCGACAUUCAAUGGACAAAUCAGGCAGACAAAAAUAAUUUGAUACAUGAAUUUGGUUUGCUGUAGUUAAAAAAACCAUUUCAAAUUAAUUAAUGCAGAAUAGUUUGAGUGUUUUUCUAAAUUUGUUGGACUAUACCGAAUAUUUGUUGUACCUUGCACUGAUAUACAACAGGCUGACUCUACAGUAUAUGCCUAUAGAUCAAUGAUCAGUUAUACUUAUUUAACCACUGCACACUGAAGUAAGUUUCUUGUAGUUCCUAAUAAAGUUACAGGAAACUUA